CUCAGUGUAGGCUGUCGUAUACUGACCAGCUGGUCACGUAAAUGAUGUUCCUGUACUCACUACUGCUACUGCUGCUGACCCCGCGACUCCUUGGACUCACCCUGGUGCCGAGUGACGCGGAUAUCUGCGACAUCACCGCCUGCGACGCUCUGCGGAGGAUCAGGGAGGAAGUGGCGAGUGGAGGACUGCUGGAACCACUCAAGCCUCCGGUACAUGAGGAGUCUCAGGAAGACAGGAUAAACCGAAUAGAGCGAAGACUGCGGUCUGUGGAACAACCAUUAUGGAGACGACUAAUGGAGGAGGAUCGCUGGUACCGAUGUUGUGAGGGACCGUGUCGCUGUCGUCCAGAAACCUUCGCUCUAAGCUGCUGGCGACAAGAAUUAGACGAGCUGCCUUCUAGUCAAUAUGUGCCUAACGAUAUACGCGUCAUAGACUUAGGUAUCAAUAAAAUAACCUCCUUGAAUCGAGAUGCGUUCAAAGGUCUACACAGGCUUGUUGAGCUAGACAUGUUUGACAACCGCAUUGACUAUCUGCCGUCGGUCGUCUUCGAUAACUUAGACAGUUUGACCCAUUUGAGACUUCAUCGAAACCGAUUGGAAGAACUUCACUCGAAGAUAUUUCACAAACUGGCAAACCUGGAGACACUGGAUUUGUCUUCCAACUCGCUACGCCACCUGAACGGAGCUCUGUUCAGAGGCACUCCUCGCCUCGUGGUGCUCCACCUAGCCUCCAACGCCCUCGAAGCUCUUCCCGAGCCUCUGUUUCGAGGCCUCGUGAGGCUGGAGGAGCUCGACCUAGCUAACAACGUUCUGCUAGAGCUGCCUCUCAAUAUCUUCAAGGGCCUCACUAACUUGAGGCGCCUCAAACUGCAUGACAACCGACUGAAGCAGUUACCACCGGGGGUGUUUACAGAUCAGCACUUCUUGGAUGUUCUGAGUCUACGUCGCAACAGACUCACUUUUGUCAGACCAGGACUGUUCGACAACCAAAGAUAUCUCACCCAUCUGGAGCUUACUGGAAACUGGAUAUCAACGCUGAGUGGCCAGGAGUUCUUAAAGCUUCCAUCCCUCCGGGAGCUCCACCUGGGACAGAAUUACCUGGAGAGUAUUCCCGAGGGAACGUUCCGGGAGUCAGGACAGCUGGAGAAGUUAUUCCUGUUCUCCAACAACCUUGUGUCCCUGGGUCCCGGCACUUUCACAGGACUCGGUAACCUGACGACCCUCCUGCUCAACAACAACCUGCUUCAACUGAUGGACGAGACUAUUUUUGAGCCAGUUAUCAACCUCAAGAAGUUGCAAGUGGAUAGCAACAAGUUCCAGUACCUACCCACAGACUGUCUGGAGUUUGUACCUAACCUUGUGUCGCUAAAGUUGGCCAAAAACCCUUGGCAUUGUGAUUGUGCCAUACUCUACCUGGCAACGUGGCUCCGCACUAACCGUCGCAAGGUGUGGGACUCCAACCCUACAUGCAGGGGUCCGGGUGACCUUGGAGGUCGACUGGUGGAGGAGAUGACCUUUGACGACCUCUGUGAUGGUCAAUGGGCCAGCAUGGUCAGACUCACUCCUAGAGUACCUAUAAAGUAAAGAAGAAAAAGAAAAAAAAAACAGAAAAAAGAAAAGUAGGUCAGAACAAGUAACAUGUUGUUUGAUGAAGGCUGGAAACUUCAGCUUCGCAUUGAGUGUUGGAUCAGGAGUUAACCAUUUUAGAGACUGGUGUCAAGAAUGAACUGCACGUGUUAUUAAAAAAUAAAUAAUUAUAAAAUACAGAA